GCGUCUCAGCGCUGAAGGCUGCUGCCGACAAGGGGGACUUUGGUGAACUUCUGGGGGCAUUGGGGCUUCCUCUGUGGCUGGUGCCGGCGAUAGAGGUUGUAAUUGCAGUUCUAGAACUUGCCUUGGUCUACUUCGGCGUCAAGUUGCUGCCUCCCGAGUGGUUCGGCUUCUUGCCAGCUGACGUGCGGUCUUUCCUGCAGAUCGGAGUGAGCCCACAGUACUCCUCGGCGCGACUUCUGGAUCAGCAUCACUUUAGUAUCUGGAUUCCUGUGCCUGCCCUCAAAGCAGAUUUCAAGGAGAUGCACAGACGGCGACCAGGUCUGGGCUUGGCUGUCACUCUGUUGCUCGUGUACCUCGCAGGAUUCUUGUCGACACCUUUUGUGAACGUGUCCUCUGAUGCAUCGAGCUCUCUGGCCCGACGAGCCGCAGAAAAGAGGCCGCCGCCGCGGGACAUGGAAACAAGCCUCAGUCCAGAGGAUUCUUAUGAGAUGCCCCGGACUCCGGAGGAGGAGAAGAAGAUGAACUACUGGAAGAGCGACUUUGAUGAUCUUUCGGCGGAGGAGAAGCUUAAGAGCCCGCUCGUGGUUCUUGGCUUUUUUCUCUUCUUGACACCCUUCAUUGGUGGAUUCUAUCUCUUGGUCAGUGGUGGAGGCUUGGAUGACUGA